AUCGAUUAUCGAAUUCAAAGUUGUCUGAAGAUGGCAGAGGCUGACAAGGCAGUCAAGUCAAAUAAAAAUAUUGCUGACUUGAAGAAAAAUAUAUUACUUGCCGAGGGCCAAAAGAAAGCAAACGUCGAAGAAUGGGAGAAACUAAGGAGAACCAACGCCGAGACCAUAGCAACCCUGAAAAAAGAUAUAAAAGAGCUCCGGGAGAAGAUUGCAAUUUUGAAGAAUCCAACUACGCAAAAGUACAUCAAGCAACCGCAGGAAGUGGCACGAAAGAUUCAGUACCCACUUGGAAUGAAAACUCCAGAGGAAGCGAUAGACAUUAUGGACCUGAAGAUAAUCGAAGUGAAGAAAAAGUUGGAUGUGCUUCAUGACAAAUACACGAAACGACAGAAGCACUUCAAUAUGCUGGUCGAGGAGUACAAGGAGCUAUUGGCGUAUAAGAAAUACAAGAAUCAGGAUGUCGGAGGACCUCCGCCCGAAACUUUAGAGGAAGACGCCAAUCGAAAGCUAAUUUGCCGCCUAGAGAAUGAAAUUCAUCGAACCAACGUUCAAUGGAUGGAAGCAGAACAUAUCCGUAAAAAAUACAAAUCAAUAAAAGCAUCUUUGAUGAACGAUGCUGAAAAAUUCGAAAAAUCACUACGAGAACUGGAACAGGCCCUUAAGGAUCAGCACGCUGAGAUAAAUAGACUGCAGGUAAUUAAUAAAGAAGCCAUUGAAAUGAGGGACGCAGCCAGGGUUAUUCUUCAGAAACAAGAACAACAAGCGAAUCAAUCAACAAAGGCAAGGGAGAAACAGGCUCAGGAAUUUCGGAGGCAAGUUGAGGACCGCAAGAUGGAGCUAGAAAGGAUUGAAAGGAAAUUAUUUUCGGCUGGAAAAUCAUUAGUUCACCAAGAAAGCAUUGGUUCAAGUUCGGGAGAUCAACAAACUGGCAAAACAGAACAAGAAGAUGACCCUAACGCACAGUUGAAAUCGAUGGUUGCGGAAAUGGAGACUACAUUUAAGAAGCUUAUGGAAGUCACCGGAGCAACUAGUGCCCAAGAGGUUUUGCAAAGAUUCACCUCUCAAAAAGAGUCCACUUCUCGACUGAAUUACUUAAGAAGUGCAGCGGAAGCGGAAAAGAAACACUUGGAGGCACAACGCGAAAUCCUUGCGACGGAGCUCGAAACUUUGAAAUUCGCAGAUAUUAAGGAAUCGGAAGUGAAUCAAGAGCUCAUUGAAAAACUGAAGAAUGAAAUAUGUGGCUUUAAAAAGGACGAAGUAGAACAUCGCUUGGCAGCUGAACAGACCAGAAAAGAUAUUAAGAUUAUUACGGAGAAGCUGAUUGAAAUGAUUUUCAAAUUGCAAGAAGUGGAUGAAUGUGACGUGAACCUGCCGGAUAGGGUAAUUCCAGCUGUAAAUUUGGCAAACUACUUGGAAAACGAUGCAACGGAUGAGGACCUAUUAAAUAUCUUAGGAGAAAAAUUACGCAGAGGCUUGAAGAGUGUGGGCCAGCUGCCUAACGACGAGGGAAUCAUGGAGGAUGAGGAUAGUGGUGAAAUUAAAGUGGACGAGCUUUAUGUUCCUCUGGCAUCUCCUCGAGCCCUUUCGACCAUUGUCGAUGAGAAGCCACAGCCCUUGCCUAAGUGCUACAUGAAUCUCGCAAACCGUGGAGGACAAGUAUCUGUAUCUCCCGGACAAGCAUCGCAGGCAGGCGCAACAGACGAUGAAAGUGAAGUCCCUUCCCGGACCUUCUUGAAAAGGCAAUCCCUUUUCAUUGUUGAUUCCAAGUCGAGACGCAAAGGAUUUCGGCCACCAGCCCAAAGACGCAAAUAAAUGGAAUGCGGGUGCGCGUGAAACCUCCAAUAGCAUGUUCCUUACCCUGCGUGAUCAGAUUCUCAAACUCCACAACAGAACCAACGUAAGAACAUUCUGAUAAAACGAGAGGCGUCUAAGAAUUCGAAACGAAUCUGAGAAAAUCCCGCGGAAAUGAUUCACAUGUAACUAAUUUUCACAUGCAGCGGAAGCUUCUUCCACGAAAUCUCCACUUUGUAGGUGACGUCUGAUAACGGCCAGAUACUUUGUGUCUCCAUCGUUUACGUUUCAGAUUCGUACCCAUAUUGGCUUUGGUGUCGUGAGAAU